UUACAGUGUAGCCUGGAUAGAAUACGGAGACGGAAGUAGUACAGUCUUGGCAACAUUUAUAGCAGGGGAGCACAAUAUGGUGCUGAGACAAUGUCAUUCGCGACUCAAAGUUGUUGUCUUUAACCACGCAGAAAAGUGUUAUGACCCUACUCACAAUCCAUACAGAGUUAGUAGUUUGGUGGCAGCGCCGCCGAGCAGUUUGACAGCUGUCUGCUCCUGUGUCAUCACUGCACCCUGUUGCAACUUGGAGAAGCUGCCGUGGAGAUGGAGACGAGCUCCUGGACCGAGAACGAUGCAUCUUUCUGCUGGGACACACAUGUCUAUCAGAGAGUUGAGUACUUCCAUCAGAGCCCUCCAGUAUGAUUUGAAAGCGGAUGUACCACAGUCUGAAGGCCGGAAGCUGUUUUUUGAUACACACGCGGUGGUUCGACUCCUAGAGGAAAAUGGCUUCACUACUCAGCAAGCUGAGGUGAUGGUUCAGGUACUGGUGAGGAUGACAAACUCUAACAUGGAUGCUAUCUACAGCGACAUGGUAACCAAAGUGCAGCAGGAGAUUAUGUUGCAGCGUGUGAUGUCUCAAAUAGCAGCUGUAAAGAAGGACAUGAUAAUCCUUGAGAAGAGUGAAUUUUCUACUUUACUGGCAGAGAAUGAGAAACUCAAGAUCCAGUUAUUGCAGCUGAAGGUCCAACUGGCAGAUGUAUUGAGUAAAGUGCGCGCAGACACUAUUAUGGACAUGAAUUUGGAGAAAAGCCGUGUAAAAGAAUUGAGUGCAGAGCAUGAGAAGAAGCUUCUAGAAGCACGAACGGAGAUAAUGGAAAUGACUGCAGAGCAAGAUCGCCAUUUGACUCAGACCAACAUGAAGAUAGACACUGAAGUGGCGGGUUUGAAAACCAUGUUAGAGUCUCAUAAACUGGACACUAUAAAAUAUCUUGCAGGUUCAGUGUUCACCUGUCUCACUGUGGUGUUGGGUUUCUAUCGUAUUUGGAUGUGAACACUAGGAUUGUGACUUUCAUAUUACCUGUGGUGACUCUUUGAACUUUCAAUGCAUCCUCUGAAUCCUAAGACAUUCAGAGGCCAAAUCUCUUUCACCUCUGACCUCAUUUUGUUACAUGUUAUUGAUCAGUAUGAGUUUGUGUUUACCGGUGUAAUUUUAUGAAUGAAUUAUAAACUCAGAAGUGGAACACGUUUGAUAAACGUACCUGUUACAGUGAAAGCUUUGGUCCAGUUUUAAUGCACUGUCUCCUGAAGAAACUCCUUAUUCCAGAAAUGGUUUGCAGACAGUUAAAUACCAACCACUUAUGUUACUAUCUAAUGCAGUUUGAAGUUGAAAUGAUUAUAUUUUUAAUGUUAUGUGAAUACAGUAUGCUGUAUAUGUAUAUAUGAAGUUGUAGAUUGGAACUGAAACUCAGGAGGAAUUUGUGUGACUCUCAACCACUUCACUAUAUUAUCACAGAUAUGUAACUUUUAUCUCUCUAAUUUGUGAUUUCAGAAAUGUUUGAAUAACUGACAUCUUGGAUUGAUCUUAUUAGAAUAAAGUUAAUUGUGAAUAAAUAUAAAUUUUGUGGUAA